AUGUCUUUCCUCGAUUUUCCCUUGUCUACUAUAAAUCCAAAAGUGAAAAAUUCAAAAUCCAUGGCGGAACAAACAGCACAAACUGUUGUUGAUCAAAAUGUUCUUGCUGCCACAAAUGCUGCACCAACUUCCGCUCCCACUUUCUGGAAUGAGCAACAAGUAGUAGCUGAACGUUUUGAAAGUGAUUUUAAGAAUCACCCCUUACCUCUAGCCAGAAUCAAAAAAGUUAUGAAGAGUGAUCAGGAUGUCAAGAUGAUUAGCGCCGAGGCACCAAUUUUGUUCUCUAAAGCGUGUGAAAUUUUUAUAUCAGAAAUCACAAUGCGAGCAUGGAUUCAUGCGGAAGAAAAUAAACGCCGUACAUUACAACGUAGUGAUGUUGCUUCGGCUGUUAGUAGAUCGGAUCAAUUCGAUUUUUUGAUUGAUAUUGUUCCAAGGGAGGAGGUACCUAAACCUGUUAAUAGAAGACCGAAGGAAGAAUCUUCAGCAGAUCAGAUGUUUACUGACCAAAAUGGCAUGGCUUAUUAUCAACCUGGAAUUCAAUAUUCAACAGAUCCUGCUUACUAUCAACAG